UGAGACCGUCACAGCACACAACAUUAAAAAAUUAAGGCACUGCCAUGGCCAUUUGAAGGUUAAAAUAUCUAAUUCUACGUAUUGUACCAGUAUGUUGAUAGACAGCACAGAGGCUAGAUAAACAGACUAAAAAUUGCCUAACCAACCAAAUCUCAGCCAAAAAUCUACAAUUUGAAAUAGAUUUCAACUGUUCAAAGUAGUUAAAUAAUAUAUAGUUUUAGUAUUAUAUUCGUAGAAGAUGAAUUUAAACGAAUGUAUUGUUAAUCCUAAGAAGAAAUCUGAAUCUACAUUCGUGAUUACUGCCAAAGUUGGAGAUACUUUUAAACAUGAUUUGGGUUCACAUUCUUUUACAAAUCAGAUUUCUUCUGCCACAAAAUGGGGAAGUGGAUGUAUAAGUGUACCAAAUUCUUCGUCGACUCGUAAAACCACAAGCUCAAAAAUAACUGAUGAAAAUCAGUUAAAAAUUAUUGUAGCUCUAACUGAAGGCAGGGGGCAGGCUCAAUGUGAGGUUGGAAUUGCUGUAAUAUCUGUAUCCCGCCACCAUUUGAUUAUUUGCCAAAUAUCUGAUUCACAGAAUUAUAUCAACACCUUGACAAAAAUUAAUCUUUUUAAUCCAAAUGAGAUUAUAUUUCCUAAUACUUUUGAAAAUUUUGGAGGUAAUAGAUUAAUAACAAAAGUAAAAAAACAAUUUCCAAAUGUAAGAUACACUGGUGUACCCAGAAGCAUGUUUAAUAAAGCUGGCGGAUUAGAAAUGUUGACCCAAUUGUGUAUUCCUUCGUUAAAUGGUGUGUUAUUAGUUUUACAACACAGAUACUAUGCACUAGCUGCAGCUAGUGCUCUACUGACUUAUGUUCAAGAUAACUUUUAUAUUUACUAUGCAAGAGAAUCUUUAAAAAUAGAUUACCAAGAAAGUGAAGGAUAUGCUCAUAUUGACAUAUCAACAGCAGAUCGCUUGGAAUUAGUUUGCAGUGCAAAACCAGCUUUAGCAAAUAAAUUUUCCAGUCUUUUAGGAAUAUUGAAUUAUUGUCUCACUAAAAGCGGAUCCAGAAAAUUGCGUUCUUGGAUUCUUCAACCGCUAUCGAAAGUUCAAUUUAUUGAAGAAAGACUCGAUUGUAUUGAAGAACUUAUGAGAAAUCGAGACGCUUUGAGGUCGAUUCAGGCCAUGCUACAAAAAUUCACCAACAUCAACUCAUUACUCAACUUGGCAACACUAAUUCCUGACAAUCCCCAAAAAUGUUCAAUUCGUCAGUUAAAUUAUAUCAUCACUUUAAAUCCCAUUAUCGACUUGAUAUGUCCUCUGGAAGAAAUCCUAUCUGGCUUCAAACAAUCUUUUUUCAUGAAACUUAGGGCCACUUUAGGAGAUCCUUCUUUUGGAGAAAUCAAAAGUUUAGUCAGAGAAGUCAUAAGCGAUUGUGUACAACCAAAUAAAGGACACAACAUCAUGCACAGCAGAUGCUUUGCUAUUAAGCCAGGUAUUAACGGGCUAUUGGAUGUAGUGAGAAAAAUAUUUGCCGAAAGGUUGAAUGAUAUGAAAGAAUAUAUAGAAGAAUUAGCAGAAAAAUAUAACCUUCCACUAACAUCAGGAAAUAAUCAAAAGAAAGGAUAUCAUAUAAUUUUGAAUAUACCUAAAUCCCAAAGGAAGUCUAUGAAAAAAAGUGAUUUGCCUGACGAAUUCAUUGAGAUUAAUCGAUGUUCUACUUAUUUUACAAUGAAAACUCCUGAACUAAUAAAUAUGUCUACACGUCUUGACGAUAUUAUGAUGGAUAUACUGAAAAUUAGCAACGUAAUUGUUCAUGGUGUGCUGGUUAAAUUAAAAAAGCACAUAUACUUGUUUCACACACUUUACGAAGAAAUUUCUCAGUUAGAUGUGUAUCAGUCACUAGCACAAACCAGCUUGGAAAACAAUUAUGUGCGACCGAAAUUUGGAGAAUACACCGAAAUAAAGUUUGGACAACACCCUUUACUCAAUUUCCUGUUACGAUCGAAGCCGAUAGCAAAUUCUAUUUUUUGUUCCAAUGAGUACAAUGUUCACAUUAUAAAUGGUCCCAACGGAUCAGGGAAAAGUAUUUUCAUACGACAAAUUAUGCUUCUACAAAUUAUGGCACAAUUAGGAUGUUACAUUCCAGCGGAAUCAGCAAUUUUUAAGCCGGCCAAUCGAAUGUUCGCUAGAAUUUACUUGGAGGACAACAUGGAAUAUAACGCAUCUUCAUUUGUAUUGGAAAUGAAAGAGAUGAAAUAUAUAAUGUCAUCAAUGACUGAUGACUCUCUAAUUAUAAUUGACGAACUGGGACGAUCUACUUCAGUAGAGGAAGGAAUAUCUUUGGCUGUUGCAACUCUAGAACAUUUAUCUUGCUUUUCAUCCUAUACCUAUAUAACGACUCAUUUCACGACUCUCUCCAAAUUACACCUGAUGUAUCCAAACAUUAAAACGUGGCAAAUGGAGACAGUUCCCAUUGGAAAUGACCCAAAAACAUUUCAAUUAGAUUACAGGUAUAAUUUAAUACCAGGUAUAACGUCAGUUCCACGUUACGGGGUGUAUCUUGUGCGAAAUUUAUGGCCUGAUUCCAUCGUGGAAAAUAUUGACAGAUGUCUUGACAAUUUAGAAAACCAACAACGAAAAUUUUUAUUUUCAUCUUUGGAUCCGAAGUUUAUAAAAAAGUAUCAAUUGGAAAGUGAUUUGAAACAUCUGAAAAGAUUAGGAUUAUUGACGCAAACGAGAUUAAAUCAACUUCUAGUUCAAUACCAAGCGGAUUUGAAGGAAUUAAAUUAUUAUGUGAGCGUACAGGACUUAAACAAUCGAACUGAUUCCGAAGAUAAAAUUUUGAAUAAUGAAGAAUAUGAACAGAUAAACAGUACACUAGAAAUUUUACAAGAAGAACAAGCAAUAAAAGAGAUAUUAACUCCCUUGCCUGAUAAUACGCUUUACCGUGACAACUUUCAUAAUUUUCCUGAAACAGACAUUUUUGGUUUUUCCCCUCGCAAUGAAUUUCAAUGUUACAAUGGUUCUAAUUCUAGACAACAUUCUGAAAAUUCAGAUUUUAUAAAACUUCUCCAUCCUGUAGUUACCAUCAAUGAAAUCGAUGAGAACAAAAAUAUGAGUAGUUCUCAAAAUACGACGUACUUAUCGUCUAUUGUAUCGCCAGAAGAGUACCAAUCUAUAUGUGACGAAUUCGAGAAAGAUUUUGAACUACCACAUCUGACCGAGAAUUCAAAUUACCGUAACAAACAAUCCGAGUCACCUUAUAAUGUUAUGGCUACAAGGAACAGUUACAAAUAUUAUAUGUCACCCGUCAUAGUCAACAUUAACGAAGGACUCAACAACACUUCUUCUUUCGACGACGACGGAAAUGGAGAAGACAUGAAAGAAAAUUCGAAAACAAAUAAAAUAAAUGUUAUAUCUAACAUUCUUAUCCAGAAAAAAAAUGAAUCUAUUGAAAAUAUUAAUACAGAUGAUGUUAAUGGAAAUUUCAUUGCGAAAAGUUUUGAUAAUUCACAGAAAAAUAUUAUCUCAUCAUUCAACAAUAUUGCAGAGAUCAUGACCACUGUUGAAGAAAGUAACAAAGACUUAUCACUAUUGAUUCCUGAUAAUGAUGAAAAUAUUGUAAAUCAAGAGACUAAAACAAUACCCGAUGAAGAAAUUAAGGAAGGUGGACUAAAAGAUGUGAAUUAUAUAAAUUUAUCUCCAUCUACUUCUGUUGUCAAUAACACGAAAAAUAACGACAGUGCAGUUGCUGCCAAUGAGGAAGCCAAACUACUUUCUACAGUAAAAAAUAGAAAUAAAAUCAGAAAAAAAUUGAAUAUCAAACGUAUCGACUGUAAGAAUAAACUUCCUUUAUUUUCUAGAAAGAAAAAAGUCCCAUCUCUUUGUCAUUCCAUAAAAAAUGAAUCAACUAACAAAGAAAUAGUUACUGAAUGUGUCCAAAAUAUAAUAAACUCACCAAUUCCCACUGGUAAGGCAUUAAAUGAUAAUUAUAAUGAUAAUGACAACGCAAUCGAGGAAACAAAAUAUGUAAUAGUAGAUGCGGCAAGUAUCGAUCCCCCCAAUCCCAUACUCAAUAAUUCUUCCAUAGCUUUAUCAAUUGCCCCUGAGUAUAGAAACAAUGGAACUGCAAAAUUAGAAAGCAAAAGAAAAACUAACGAUUUGUACUUUAAUCAGUAUCCAGGAGAUAACAAAUCUUCAUCAAAUAUAACGAGCAAAUCUCCAAAAAGCAAUUUUGAUCAAGCAACUGAAAUUAUUAAGGAAAAUGAUCCAUGUGAAUCCAGCAUGUCCAUAAAAAGUAAUUCAAACGACGGGAAAAUAGAAGAAUCGAUAAAUAUUGCUUCACAAGAUGAAGAAACAAAUUUGCAGUCUGAAAUUACCUCUUCUACAAAAAUUGUACCAAUUUUUAGGAAACAAAAGCAAACUGGGCUAAACACAAAUAUCAAAUCGGGUAAUCCUAACGCUGGAAAUAAUAACUACAAAGUAACUGAUUUAAGUGAUAAAAAGAUGAAACGAAUCGUAAGACAUACUGCUUUCAAGAGAGUUAUUCCACGUAGCGAACAUCCAGAGAAGCAAAUAAAAAAAGAAAGUUCGUUAUUGAAUGCAAAUGGCCACGAUUCAACUCCAAUACCAGAUAAUUCUUCAAUGGAUAUAUUAGCUGCAAAUAAAUAUCGAAACCUUGAUCAAGUAGAGGAUGAAAGUACAAGUACAGAAAGCAAAAAUAAAACAAAUCAGUUAUACCCGAGCCCUUAUCCAUCGUCAAAUAUAUCGAGUGCGUCCCGUAAAAGGAAUUUGGAUCAAGCAACAGAAACUAGUGCCGAGGGGGAUGAAAGUAAACAGAAUUUAACCAACAAAAGAAUUGAUAAUUUAACAGAAACCAACUUGAAUUGUAGCAGCAGUUUGGAACUCGAAACAAAUUUAACGUACAGCAAGUCUUCUACAAAAAUUGUACCAAUUUUCAAGAGAAUUGUUAAAAAGAAGAGAUCGACAUAUUCUAACGAUAAAGGGAAUUUGAAUGUGUCUUUGGAAACGAGUGUUUCGAUCGCUUCAAAAAACCGUAACCUUGAUAUAGUCUAUCCAAACAGCGAUUCAAACUCUAUAAAAAAUGAAGAAAUGAUAACAAGUGAUAAAAUCAGUGAUUCAGUUGAUACAUGUAACAAAAACAGUAAACGUACUGUGAGACGUACUACCUCCAGUAGAUUUCUUCCACUAAGAAAGCUUUCAGCGAAAAAAAUAAAACAAGAAUUUGCGGAACAAGACAGAAAAUUAUUGGAAAGCGAAUUUGAUCUCACCAAAUAUUUCGAAGAUAAAUUUAAUCGUCCUUCCGUAAAGCAAAUUCAAAACGCUACCCAUUUGGCUACAUUGAGAAAAACAGCGCGUGGUUUUGAAGUAAUUCCGUCAAGUGAACGUAGAAAAAGUCAAAAUUCAAUGACUGGAACGUGUUUGAACGACAAUUUUAAUAUGACGAUAUUUAGUGACAAGAACGCUAAAACUUUCGAACAAUUUAUUAAUUCUAAAGAAACUAAUUUUCAAAAUUUUCCUUUCGACGCACCAAAACAAGCGGAAGAACUUACCUUUUCAUUUGAUAAAAAUGCCAACGAAAAUGUAUUUGACUAUUAUAUUGAAAAUUCUACUCAAUUUCAGGAUCAAAAUAAUACUAACAUAUCUCUUACACCCAACGGCUAUUAUAAACAGAACAAGAGCACCAUCGAUGCUGUCAUGAAUAAAUAUUUGAACAUUUCGAACCACCAUACUUCAAAGCGCGAAGAAAAAACUUUGAAUUUCAACAUUUUUGGUAAUAACCAAUUAAAAGAUGAAGAUUUUAAUUUGUAAAUUUAAUUGUUUAAUAAAAUACAAU